AACAUGACAAGAAUGCUUAACUGCUUUAAGUAAAUAUUGAUCACUGUUAGUUAUAACUCUUUGUUUUCACUUUUAAUAUUUCUGGCUGAAUUUCAAACAGAUUACCUAUAUAUACAACAAAUAUUUGGCCUCAGUUUUAAAAUUUGCCUUUUAAAUUAAAAGCCUUUUCUAUUCUACAAUGAGAUUUAUUUUGUGAUCGCUUUUCAUGCAAGAAUUUUAAUUUGAAAUGGGGUAUGACACAGACAGAUUCAGCUCUACGAUAAAUGAUGCUCUCACGUGUUGCAUAUGCCGUGACGUGUUGGAAGAUCCCGUUCAGGCUCCGUGUGAACACGCCUACUGUCGUUCCUGUAUUGAAGCUUGGCUAGUGCAUGAAACAACAUGUCCGGAAGACAGAAGACCGUUGUCGUAUUCGGGUUUGCGUCCACUUUUCCGAUACAUGAAAAAUGAUCUUAACAGACUACAAAUCAAAUGCAAAAACAGAGCUUACGGGUGUGAAAGCAUUAUCACACUUGAAUUUAUUGAAGCGCAUGAACGGGAUUGUAUUUUUGAGAGGAAGAAGUGUCCAAAUGAAAGAUGUACCUACUAUGCUGCACGACAGGAAAUUGACGAUCAUGUGAAAAGAUGCGAAUUCAGUCGAAAAGAAUGUCCAAAGGGUUGUGGACUAUUACUGGCAAGGCCUUCAGAUGCAGAUCAUAACUGUAUUCAAGAACUGAAAACGUGCAUUGAGGUUUUGCGAUUAGAGUUUGCAUGCAAGUUUGAUGAUCAGAGGCAAGAUAUUGAAUUACGGCUUGACACACAAAGAAAUCACAUGAUACAAAGAGAGGCGGGCCUUCAGAGUCAGAUGGAUGCACUUAAAUCUGAAAAUUCUCGUCUGGAAUUGAAAGUCCAAUCUCUAAUGGACAUCCAGCUGGAGAGACGUCAAGAUAUCGAAAAACUGAAACUGGAAAAUAAAGAGCUCACAGAGUUGCUUAAAAAGACAUCAGUGAUGUCAGAAGUAAGACACACCCCUGGAAGACUUCAGCGUAGACACACCUUUAGAGGAAAAGAAUCACAUGUUUAGAGGGUGGAAUAUUUAAUGUGUUUCAAGAUAAAUAUUUCAAAAGCUGUUUCAAAAAUCACAGGGAUUCAUAAUGUUCAUAAAUUCACAAAAAUAUUUCAGCUAUGGGUACCAUAUUAAGGAUGUAAUUGUUUUUCCAUUAGUAAACUCAUUCCAUUUAUAGUUGUUUCAAGGGCAUUAAAUGCACUUAAUCAUGAUGCACUCUAUCUUUCAUUUUAUUUUUUUUUAAAAAUGUAAAAUCAGGGAUGUAUCUAGGAUUUCUGAUAAGAGUGGAGUGACAUUGGAGAAGAAUUUUUUAAGUGUUUUAUAUCAUGAAUAUUUCUCUCAACUAGUUUUAUUUUCAGCCUUGUCAAUACCUAAAUCAACAUUAACAGCUAUGAAUGGUGACCAAGGAUUAUUAUAUCUUGGACCAAAUAUUACAAUAUUAUUUACCUUUUAAUUUUGUUUCAUUAAAUUUAAAACUUAUUCCAUCAUGUAUAAAAUGUUAUGUAUGUACUGUGCUUGUAUAAAACUUAUAUAAUGCCAUGUUGAUAUAAAAGUAACUACUGUUUUACUUGUUUGGUAUUAUCUUGAAAAAGACAGAGCUCUAAAACGUCAGUAAAAUAUACUGUAGAAUAUUGUGAAAUUGUGUUCGAUGAAUCUUGUCUGACAAACCCUAUUUCUUAACAGAGUCAUCCUGACAAGAAUUUACCACCAACACCUGGCCUAACUUACAAGUUGUAAAAACAGCAAGAUCAGAGCCUUAUUAAUAAAUCUGGUUAGACAACAAAUCUAGAGGGCUCGUCAUUAUCUAAGUUUGGACUAGCUCAGCACUUAAAGUACAUGUCUAUUAUAUGUGUGUAGAAUUUAUAUAUUAUAAAUAGUAACUUGGAAAUGAAACAAAAUUUGUAAAAUUUGGAACUGUGAUGAUAUGACUGUUUAAAAUAGUCAAAUCUUGCAAUUGCAAACGUUCCAAUUCAAACAGAAUUAUUUCCAAUCUUAUAGUGCAUAGAGAAUAUAUAUAAUUAUAUAAUAGUUG